CAUUGAUUUAAUGCUUUCGUCUCCGUUAAACAAUUUUACGUUAACAAAUUCAACAGUUUACAGACGGUUUUUUGUCCAUUGUUUUAAACUGUUAUCUACAAAUAACAAAAAUAAACCUUUCUCGGUGAAUUUUGUGCAGCCUUAACAGAGCGCAUAAAUUUUAAUUUGCGCUAUUAGAAGCAUUACCGUUUGAUUAUACAUAUACCGGUUCUGGCAAACAUGACGAGUGGUGUUCACAAUCCUAUAUACGACGAUCCCGCGCUGGUAAUUAAAUUCACCAGGAAGUAUUCCGACGCCGAUAUGACGCCCAGUUCAGUCGAUGCUGAAAAACAAGAAGCCACACUAGAUCACAAAUGGAGCAGGAAGUCACUCAUCAUUUGGUGGGCCGCCAUCGUUUUCACACUCUCGAUAGUAAUGGGUGCUUGUGCUGUUGCCAUCUUCCUCCUGCUUCCUGCUGCUAUUCCCGCAGCGCCUGAUCUUGACCCAACUCAAAACGGAGACGUUCAGCUCCUCGAUAUUGAUGCGCCCGGUAUUUAGCGAUCUGGAAAUUACUAUAUAGCAAAUGCUGCACCGCUUCGAAUCUGAAAGAGCCGGACACCGGACGCCGAAUGUGACAAAUAUACAGUCUGUACAGCGCACAAUAGCCAUCAACAUCUCUAAUCAGAAAUUAACUUGAUAAAGAAAUUAUUGGAUUUUUAUUUUUAUGUUUAGCACGGCUGCUAGUUGUGUUCGGUAUUCUCUAAAAUUUUUUAUCCACCAAGAAUAAAAAUGUUAUAAUGGCCAAAAAGCGAGAAAAAACAUUCUCGCGUCCCUAUAAUGUUCUAAAAACCGGCUUGGUUUUGCAUGUAGUUACAGUAUGUUAAAUCAAACUCCUUAUAAAAGCCUU